CAGCAAUGGCUGAAUGGCAGCUGAGAGCGAAGAAUGAGAGGAAGGGAGUGAGACAGGACGUGCAGGAGGAGUUUUCCCUUCAGAGCCAUCUCAAGACGUUCUCAGCGAAGAGUUUCGAGGAUUACAAACAAACUUUAGUUCGAACACAAGGAAUUCAUGCUGCAAUGCGGUUGAAUAUGGAAAAUACUAUCCUUGCACAGUAUCGCAGAAUGCCAGGUUUUCACAGCGAGUUCGUGGGUUUGGAUACCAUGCAAGACGGAAUACAGAAUGUUGGGUUUGAAGACAUUUUGAACGAUCCUCGUGAAUCACCUGCAAUGCCCAUCAGCCUCCAUGAAGGUAUGGAACAGCUGCUUAACAUUAAUCCAAGUGUAGAGCCAAGGCCGUCGCAUUAAGGAUGAUCUAGUUUGACUUGAACAAAAUAUGAACUUGAAAAGUCUUAUUUAUUAGAUUCGAUUGCACGAAAUCUCUUCUUCUCUGAUGAAUUGCACGAACGAUGGAAUAUAUUAGCAGAUGCGCUCGUCUUUCGAACAUUUGCAGAUAACAAUUUAUUUCCAUGAUUUCGUGAUUUCAUUAGGAAUUUUUGAUCAUUAGACGUCACAGUACUGUCCAAUGACAAAUCUUAUCA